AUGCAUCGUUUGGCCAGUAAAAAGGUGCUUUUUGCUGUUGCAUUUGUGGCCAUUCUUAUUCCGGCCACUUUCCAUGCAAUAUCCUCCCCCGCCGUGUUCAUACUUGUUUUACCACUCACUCUGGUCCUUGCUGCGGUUGCGUAUUUGCCAUCGACUGUCUUUCUAGGCUACAAGCUCGAUGCGCGACGGAAGAUCCAAGGGAAUGUCCUCUCUCGUGCUUCUCGACCUUUCUCAUUUUGCACGCCGGCUGCAUGGCAAGCCGUCCUAACACGCUCAGAAUGGUCCCAGAAUUUGCCGCAGUCCUUACCCUCUGUGUACCCAGCAAUGCCAACCGCAUCUUCUGCUCUUAACGAUAUCAUGAUCUUCAUUGUACGCGACUUUGUACUGGCAUGGUACAAGGACCUCUCGUCCUCCCCAUCUUUCCCCACAGCCGUUUCAUCUGUACUCCACGACUCUGUGGAACGUUUGGUCCAUCAAAUAACUGUCGUGGAUCCUUCCGCUCUUCUCGUCAUGCGCAUAUUACCCAUGGUCACUGCUCACAUCGAGCAGUUUCGCCAGGCCGAGAUAGCUCUUCUUGAGACUGGCUUAGGACGACGCCUACGGCAAUCAGAGGAGGUAGAUAUGCUACUAGCUAGCAAGUACGCAACAAUCGCUGGAGGAAAGCUGCAUCCAGCUGUGGAAAAUCUCUCGUCUACUUUCACGCGGCAAAGUGAAGAGAUGCAUCUGAGAGAAACGAUCGACAAAGCUCUUUCUAGCCUUCUUCCUGAGAGAGAAUGUCAAAGCAAGGCGGUCAGGGUAGUAGUAAGGGAAAUUUUAGCAUGUGCAGUCUUUUACCCGAUCAUGGACAUCAUCUCAGAGCCCGAUUUUUGGAAUCGUAUCAUAGACCAAGUGGCAGGUGCUGCUAUACAUCAACAAAGGCUUAUAUCCCGAGUUCGAAACGUCUUAGAAGCCCAAUCACCAUCUCGCCAUAGCCGUCACUCCUCGUUUACCGAUCCUCUUACAGAUUCCGAUGUUGUCAACACUGUCCACCAAGUCGAGAAGAUUGCUAAUAAUAUUGAUAAUUGUUUAUCACUACCGGACGCUCAAAGGCUGAAGGAUGAUAUUGUGGAAGAAAUUAGCAAAACAAGAUUACUCUUAGUCAGCCCCAACAAGAAAGAACUGGAUCAUGGUAAAAAUACCGAGGAUAUUAUAUUUUUCCUGGAUCGACUUCACGCUGCAAGGCGGAAGGUAGAGAAGCGAAUAUCUGUGCUAGGUAGCGACGGAUACUCGAUGUCACCCGACUCUUAUGACGCUGGAAUUAGGACUCGGUUGACGCUUCGCGAAGUGCUGAAAACCCCUAAUCUUGUACCCUUCUUCAUGGAAUUCAUGGAAUCUCGCCACCGUUCUGUACUCGUCCAGUUCUGGCUCACCGUCGAAAGCUUCAGGCACCCACUUGAGCCUACAGACUCAACCUCGGAGGCUGAUGAUUAUUUUAUCCAAAAUUCAUCAAGCCCAUAUGUUCUCAAGGACGAUAUUUCCAUGAUCAAAAACCUUUAUUUUUCCACUUCAGAGCUUCAUCCUUCUUUAUCCAUCAUAUCGAAGGAAUAUGUUGAUACUGUCCGUUCAUCUGCGAGCGGCACACUUCCACUUUCCCCCACAACGGAGAGGAAGGUACAUCGAAGUAUCAUAUCAGCUCAGAGGCAAGUCGAGCAAGAGAUGGAACAUGACUAUGACGAGUUUGCAAGAUCAGACCUGGUUCAGGAUAUCGAAUUUUCCAAUCUGGAAACAUCUCGGCCGUCAUCGUUCAAGUUGACAUCAGAAGGGCUAUCCAUGCCAUCCUCGUCAGCCAAAGCCCCUCCUUCCGUGCUCCUAGAUUCCAGUUCUACAUCAAAGUCAUUGCUCCAAGAUUUCGAGGUUUCGCGCCAAGGUAUGCCAAGGGCAGCAUCAGCUUCCCUUACCUCACCGACCACUCCGAGCCCCAACAUAAACUCUCUUUUCUCCCCUGCUUCUGAUUCAUCGUCCGAGAAUUCGCGCCCCCCUCUGUUUGAUGGCUCUGACGAAAUAUACUCAAAUACUGAUGAGUCACGAAGAAUCGAAACUAUUCGAGCCGCUGUGACAGAUAUUAUAGCUACGGACCAGCAACAAGCUCAAUGGUCGCACGCUAGGGCCGGGAGCAGUUCAAAAUCCUUGGACGCCUCUCCGCGUUCGCGUAUUAUAGGAACACAGCGGAAGGGAAUGUUUGAUGACGACGACGAUAACGAUAAUGAUGACGCUGACGAUGACAAUGAAGAGAUACCUAGCGACGAAGGGGGUAGUCACAACAAACAUGAAAGGGGUUCCAAUGCUGAACAACGAUCUUUUCAACUCGCUGGUCCGGGAGAUUUGCAGCUUUCGUAUGAAAUAGCUCGACUUGAAGAUAAAACAGCGCGUUUAGAAGCUCAGGAUGCGAUGCUAAACACCUUAAUCAAGAAAGCAGAACUCACAGGCGAUAUUCGGGAACUUAAACUGCUUCAAAAAUCCAAGUCUUCUCUCAGUCGAGACCUUAGAGAACUUCGAUUCCAAAAGACACAGUAUGAGCAACAGGAAUCGGCAAACCGUCUUAUCUCGAAUCGCACCGGUAUAAUGAUUGUUAACUCCACCGUAGGUGAAGAAGGGGGCAAAUCUGUUGUUCGUUACCUAGUCGAAGUCCAACAACGAGCCUUGGACGGUACCUUUGCAUCUGGCUGGGUUGUGGCUCGACGAUACAAUGAAUUCCUAAGUAUGCACAAUAAACUCCGGGACCGAUAUCCAGCAAUAAGAAAUCUGGACUUUCCUGGGAAACGGCUGGUCACUACACUUUCUGGCACUUUUGUAGAUGCCAGAAGACAGGCUCUGGAGAAGUACAUGCAGAAUCUGAUCGCCAUUCCCGAAGUCUGCGAAGGGGAUGAGCUUCGCGCUUUCCUAUCCCGGGAGUCGCCUUUCAUGGCAUCAGGACUUCAAGGAAAUAGGACAUCAGGGCCAUCAUCCAUGUCAAGGACGAGUCUUGUGCGUACGGUUUAUCGUUCCGUUACAGAGAGCAUAGACGACAUGUUCUUUGGUACCUCUAUGCUGGACGUAAUGGUCCAGCGCCUGACCAAACAGGUGGCAGAGGUUGUUGGGAUCAUUGGUUCUGCGGUCAACGACGAAGACUUCGUCGCGCAAACUUUGAAGGGAUUUGGGAAGACCAAUUCAGCGGCCACGUUCAUGCAUAUGCCUGGGGACCUGAAGCCUUUAGAGGGCGAAACGAGUACCUCGACAUUUUCGGCGCCAAUUUGUGACUUAAUCCUGACAGUCUUCGACUUGAAUAAGAAGAACAAUUGGCUUCGUCGCCAAGCCAUUGUCAUUAUAUUGCAGCAGGUGCUUGGUGAUACCAUUGAACGUAAAUUACGAGAUGUUGUGAAGUCCUUGCUAGAGGAAAGUCAUGUUAUGGUGGUUAUAAACUUCCUUCGGGAUACUAUCUGGCCUGGAGGACAAUUAAAACCUUCUGGGCAACCUCGCACUGCUGAAGAAAAGCUCCGCAGUCGCGAUGAAGCUAAUCGCAAAUUAUCUGCCCUUGUUCCCGACCUUGCAGCGAAUAUGAUAGGUCGCUCCAAUGUUCGUGGCGGGGCAAGUCUCGUUUUUGCUGCACUUCAAAACCGCCGACUGAAUCAACACCUUGCAUACACAAUCGUGGAUGAGAUCAUGGCUUCAAUGUUUCCAGCCGAACCAUCGUGA